CAAAGGAUGUCUUCAUUUAAUGACACUGACUUCCAUCCCUCCAACUUCCUGCUACUGGGAAUCCCUGGACUGGAAAGAUUGCACAUCUGGAUAGGCUUCCCUUUCUGUGUUGUGUAUCUGAUUGCAUUUGUGGGGAAUCUUAGCCUUUUGUUUGUGAUCAAUACUGAGCAAAGUCUCCACCAACCUAUGUUUUACUUUCUAGCCAUGUUGGCCACUGUUGACUUGGGUCUCUCCACAGCCACCAUUCCUAAGAUGAUGGGCAUUUUCUGGUUCAACCUGACAGAGAUUAGCUUUGGAGGCUGCCUCAUCCAUAUUUUCACUGGUAUGGAGAGCAUUGUGCUUGUGGCUAUGGCCUUGGAUCGCUAUGUUGCCAUCUGCUACCCUCUCAGGUAUAGUAUGAUUCUCACUAAUAAAGCCAUUGUCACUAUUUUGGGGAUUUCUAUCCUGAGGAAUUUUUCUUUAGUGACACCAAUGGUAUUUUUAGUCCUCCGGUUGCCAUAUUGUGGUCACCAUGUCAUUUUCCAUACCUAUUGUGAGCAUAUGGGAAUUGCCCGAUUGUCUUGUGCUAGCAUCAGUGUAAACAUCAUCUAUGGCUUAUUUAUUAUUUGUAUAAUAUUUUUGGAUAUGACCCUGAUUGCCAUUUCCUAUAUCCAAAUUCUUCAAGCAGUUUUUAGACUUCCUUCUCAGGAUGCUCGUUUCAAAGCUCUCAACACUUGUGGUUCCCACAUUUGUGUCAUCUUAGCUUUUUUCACUCCUGCUCUCUUUUCAUUCCUCACCCACAGAUUUGGCCACAAUAUUCCUCAUUAUAUCCAUAUUCUCCUGGCCAAUCUAUAUGUGGUUGUCCCUCCUGCACUCAAUCCUGUUAUUUAUGGAAUUAGGACCAAGCAGAUCCGAGAGUGUUUGAUUCAAAUUUUUAUAAGGAAAGAAUAA